AAAUAUUUUGCGUAAAAAAAAAUAGUAAACAAGUGUUUUUCAUUGUAAAUUAUACCGAGAAGUGAAGUUUAGUGUGAUAUCGAUAAUUGUUAUUGUUAUCCAAAAACUAUACGCUCGAUUUAACCACUUAAGUGCUUGUUAUACGUGCGGGAACAUUUCUUAGUCUACCGUACCUCUCCGAUAUAAUUUUAAUUUCUGAUUAAGUGCAAUUAAACCGUAGUGGCUACGUAAUAUUUUUGUAAAAUAGUUAUUAGUGGUCAAAGAAUAAAAGUGUCCGCCUAAAUUUCUAAAGAAAUAAAACAUUUUAUUAUUAUAUACAAAAUAUAAAGUAGCGCCAUCUCUUGUCUGCAAUGCCGAAGUGCCGUGCGUGUGGUAAAUAUACGGCUAACGCUGAUUGUAUACGAUGUGCCAAGUGUACAAAUGUGUAUCACCGCGGCUGCAGCGGCGUACCCGCCGGGUCUACUACCCUAGGGUUCGCUUGCCCGAGCUGUAAGGCUAAACCCACGGAUGAUAUCUCGGCGGAAAGCUCCAGCCCCGGUGAAGAGGUAAUAGUCCCCGGAAAGGGCAAGGCUGAUCAUACCCGUAUGCUUUUCGAACUCAUCCAAGAGGUGAAGGGUCUUAGAACCGACCUGAAAGAUACAAGAAAUGAGAUAAAACAGUUCAAGGAGGAUCUACAAGCGUGCUGCAGUCGAAUAAGUUCAAUCGAGGAAAAGGUUCACGAGGUUGAAAAAAAACUCGAGACAAAAACAUUCGCCAAUGAUCACCUCGAGAGUACGGUAGCCGACCUGAGGUUGCAAUUGAAUGAACGUGACCAAGAGUUGCUGUUAAACGAUAUCGAAAUAGCUGGACUGCCAGAGGAGAGGAGCGAGAACGCCCUUCAUCUCGCCAGCGUUGUCGCUGUAAAGCUUGGGCUAACACUGGAGGAGCGCGACAUCGUGCACGCGGAACGGCGGGGAGCCGUGCGGCGCAACCGUGGCGAGGGCGAGGGCGCGUCGCAGCAGCCGCGACCGCUGGUCGUACGGCUGGCACGCCGCGCGCAGCGCGACGCCAUGCUGCGCGCCGCACGUGUCCGCCGCGGCCUCUCCACUGCUGACAUGAACCUCGCUGGAACGGUCAGGAAAGUUUACGUCAACGAACACCUCACGCGCAACAACCGGCAACUGUUCGGUAAGACCCGCGAGGCUGCUUCCCGUGCACAAUGGAGGUACGUGUGGACAAAAGGUGGACAGGUAUUUACAAGGAAGGAUGAUGGUAAGGUCGUAGAACGCAUUCGCACCGAAGGAGAUAUAAACAAAAUUUUUGGUCAAUAAUUAGUUUGGCUAUAAGCAACGCUAUAAUAAAUUAUA